AUGAAGCGUUCUGAUUUAGUAGCGUUUGGAGCGUGAUCGCGGAAGAAAGCAUUGCAGGGCUACCAGUGGAAAUUUUAAACAAAAGCGAUUGUUUAACAAUUGUCAAGAAUUGUUUAAAUUUGUCCAGUGACAAUGCAUUUGAAUUGUUGUCGCACAGAGUUGUGAAAUCCUCCAGCGAUUUGGUGGGAUUUAUGGGUGAAUAUUAUAAAUUGGAAAUAGAUAUUAAAGAGGGGAAUUCUGAUACCGAGAGACAUCUGAAUUUUUUUGUUAAAUCCGUCCCCGUCACCAAUGAAGUCUAUCGCGAUGAAUGCGAACGCAAAGGGUUCUUUCGCAAAGAAUCCAGCAUUUAUGCCAAUAUUUUACCAAAUAUUCAACGUUUUGCCCCGGCAGAUUUAUUUCCCAAAUCAUAUCUGGUGCGAUCGGAUAUUUUAGUUUUGGAAGAUUUUUCCAUACCCGAAAAGGGUUUCAAGCAGUUAUCGAAAAAUGACGUUUACACAACGAAACAUUUGCAAUUGUGUUUACAACUGCUGGCCAGAUUUCAUGCCGCCAGCCUUGCCUGGGAAGCCGAAGCGUCACUGAAUAUUGGUGAACAGUUCAAGGAUGUGCUCAUCGAAUUGCAGCUAACUGCGGCAAAUGAGUGGUACAUAACGGGCAUUCAGGCCGCCUUGUACAUAGCCCAAACUCAUCCCAAAUAUCAGUACCCCGAGGCCCAGGAAUUCAUCAAUCAAAAACUUUACCAAGUAUUUCUGGAUAUGGAGGAGUUAUCCAAAUCCUCGAAAACUCUACGCAAUGUCUUGUGUCAUCGUGACUCGUGGAACAGCAACAUAUUUUGGAAAUAUGACAAACUCGACAAAGAACCUCUAGAGUGUCGCAUUGUCGAUUUCCAGCUGACCCGUUACAGUCCUCCGGCAAUAGAUGUCCUCAAUUUUCUCUAUAAUAAUUUUGAAAAUCCUCAACGCAGAGAUAAAGAGGUGCCAGACCUAUUGAAAUAUUAUCACAAAACUUUGAGAGAAGAAUUGAAACGUUUGAAUUUAAGUGAAGACCUGAUACCGCAACAAGAAUUUGAAGAAGAUUGCCGCAAAGCUCUGCUGGCUGUCUUAACUCUGCGAUCAAUUUGUGUGCCAUUAUUUAAUUUACCCCCAGGAUGGGCCGCCCACAUGCGUGCCACCGAACCCAAGACAUUUGAUGCCUAUAUGAAUAGUGAGCGAAUUGCAAUGUUUGAGAGGGUCUCUCAGAUGGAUCCCACCUAUAUGGGAAAGAUACAAUAUCCAUUGCAGGAGAUCAUGGAAUAUUUUAAUUUUAAGCCAAAAUAAAUUAAUCUGAAUGAAUGAAAUAAAAUCGAUGUUAAU